ACGCUGCAACUGAAACCACGUAGGGUUAAUACUGAAUGAUCCUUAGUGCAAACACAUCCUAAGGUAUUUCGUUUCUGAAUGGCAUGCAUUAAUUUACACUCUUCACGUGUUUGUUUUGCUGAAGCUCAGUGCGUCAGACGCGCGCUCCUUGGAGAUCAGCAGAAUUAUCGCGGCGCGCAGCGCGCAGGCGUGAUCCAGUCUGAGCCGCGCGAGCUGGAGGCCAGUCACUCGUGCAGCGCGUAUCUUCCGUAUCCUGAGCUCCACCUCUCCCGCCGGACAUGCCCUCCGGACCCCGGCGACGCUCCGCGCCUCUGCCCGGCGCGUGAAUGGCCCCCCGCCAUGGACGAAACGCCGUUCCAGAAAGUCAAGACGCGGCGCAGGAGGAGCCACUGCCUGCCGGGGGUCAUCGCCUGCGAGGACGAGUUCGACUGCAAGGAGCUCGAGUCGCUCUUCCGCAGCUACAGUCUGAAGCUGGAGCAGACGCGCACGCUGACGGCGCUGACGGUGCUCGCGCUGCUGGCGUCCAGUCUCAGCCUGCUGGAGCUGCUGCUGUCCGGCGCCAGCCUCACCGUCGCCAAGGGCUCGUACCCGGUGCACUCCGUCGUCUUCGUCUCGCUCUUCAUCGUCACCAACGUCAAGUACCUGCGGGCGGUUCAGCUGCAGCAGAUCUCGCACCUGAGCCUGCUCUUCUGCUUCAGCUUCUCGCUGCUGUGCUGCCCGUUCGCCGCGGCUCCGGAGCAGGGUGUGUGGCAGCUUCUGCUGCUGACGUUCGUGGCGUAUGCGCUGCUGCCGGUGCGCACGCUGCUCGCGCUGCUGUUCGGUGUGCUGGUGUCCCUGGCGCACAUCAUCGUCACAGCUGCGUCGGUGACGGCGAAGACACAGCGGCUGUGGAGAGCGCUGGCUGUGAACACGCUGCUCUUCACCGGAGUGAAUCUGUCGGGUCUGUUUGUGCGGAUCCUGAUGGAGAGAGCCCAGCGCAGAUCCUUCCUGCAGGCUCGAGACUGCCUCGAGGAGAAACUGCGCAUGGAGGACGAGAACGAGAAACAGGAGCGUCUGCUGAUGAGUCUGCUGCCCAGAAACGUGGCCAUGGAGAUGAAGGAGGACUUCCUGAAACCUCCAGAGAGGAUCUUCCACAAGAUCUACAUCCAGAGGCAUGAUCACGUCAGUAUCCUGUUUGCGGAUAUCGUGGGCUUCACAAGUCUGGCGUCACAGUGCACAGCGCAGGAACUCGUUAAACUCCUCAACGAGCUCUUCGGCAAGUUUGACGAGCUCGCCACGGAGAAUCACUGUCGGCGGAUCAAGAUUCUGGGCGACUGCUACUACUGUGUGUCUGGCCUGACGCAGCCCAAGACGGAUCACGCUCACUGCUGCGUGGAGAUGGGUCUGGACAUGAUCGACACCAUCACGUCGGUGGCUGAAGCUACAGAGGUGGAUCUGAACAUGCGUGUGGGUCUGCACACGGGACGGGUGCUCUGUGGCGUGUUGGGCCUCAGGAAGUGGCAGUAUGACGUGUGGUCUAAUGAUGUGACACUGGCCAAUGUGAUGGAGGCUGGAGGACUGCCGGGGAAGGUGCACAUCACUCGCUCCACGCUGGACUGUCUGAAUGGAGAUUACGAGGUGGAGCCGGGAAACGGCCGCGAGAGACACUCGUUCCUGCUCAAACACGACAUCGAGACCUUCUUCAUUGUACCAUCUCACCGCAGGAAGAUUAUUCCUGGUCUGAUCCUGUCGGACAUUAAACCUGCCAAAAAGAUGAAGUUUAAGACGGUGUGUUUCUUGUUGGUGCAGCUCAUGCACUGCCGCAAGAUGUUCAAGGCUGAGAUUCCCUUCUCCAAUGUCAUGAACUGUGAGGACGGGGACAAGAGGAGGUUGCUGCGCUUGGUGCCGGAGAAGCUCAGGAACCGGACGUCCACGAUGGCUAACACGACCCAGAGCAGCCCGGGGACACGGGUCAACCGCUACAUCAGCCGUCUGAUCGAGGCCCGGCAGACGGAGUCGGACACGGCUGACCUGCACUACCUCACGCUCACCUACAGAGACCCGGAGCGAGAGCGCAGGUAUCAUCAGCUGAAUGACGAGUACUUCACCGGCGCUGUGCUUCUGUCUCUCGUCCUCACGGCUCUGAUCGCCAUCCUCUACCUGCUCAUCAUGCCACAGCGGAGGCUCGUGUUGGUGCUGCUGGUCUUCUGCAUCUGUUUCCUGGUCGUGUGCAUCGUGUACCUGCACAUCUCUAGAGUUCAGUGUUUUCCAGGGUGCCUCAGCGUACGGAUCCGCACCGUCCUGUGUGUGUCUAUAGUGCUCUUAAUACACGCCGUGGCCCAGGCCUGUGUGGUGGGCUGCAUGCCGUGGCUCUGGCCGUCUAACUCCACACACUCCAUCGUGAUCAUCGAUGUGUCCGCAGGGCUGAACCGCACCAUGGCGGAGCUGCCGUGUGAAGGAGCGCCGUACGCCCUGCUGUGCUGUAUGCUGGGGACGCUGACCGUGGUGCUGUUCCUGCGAGUGUCCUGGCUGUCCAAACUCUUUCUGCUGCUGCUGCUGCUGGUGCUGUACAUCACCGUGCUGGAGCUCAGCGGAUUCAGACGCUCCUCGGGGACGGUGUUGAUGAGCGCUCGCGGUCUGGAGCCCAUCCUCUCUCUGCUGCUGCUCUCCACCGCUCUCGCCCUUCACUCCAGACAGAUGGAGCUCAAGCUGCGCCUGGACUUCCUCUGGGCCACACAGGCGGAGGAGGAGAGAGAUGGCAUGGAGAAAGUUAAACUGGACAACAAGAGGAUCCUGUUCAACCUGCUGCCGGUUCACGUGGCUCAACACUUCCUGCUGUCUAACCCCAGAGACAUGGAUCUGUAUUACCAGUCCUACGCUCAGGUUGGUGUUCUGUUCGCUUCCAUCCCCAACUUUAAUGACUUCUACAUCGAGCUGGAUGGAAACAACAUGGGUGUGGAGUGUCUGCGGCUGCUCAACGAGAUCAUCGCCGACUUCGACGAGCUCCUGGAUAAAGAGUGUUAUAAAGACAUUGAGAAGAUCAAGACCAUCGGCAGCACGUACAUGGCAGCGGUGGGUUUGGUGCCCACCAUCGGAACCAAGGAAAAGAAAUCCACAUCAGAGCACCUGAGCACCAUCGCAGACUUCGCCAUCGAGAUGUUUGACGUUCUGGAUGAAAUCAACUACCAGUCAUAUAAUGACUUCGUCUUGAGAGUGGGUAUUAAUGUGGGUCCGGUGGUGGCUGGGGUCAUCGGGGCCCGCCGGCCCCAGUAUGAUAUCUGGGGAAACACGGUGAACGUAGCCAGCCGCAUGGACAGCACCGGAGAGCCUGGGAAGAUACAGGUGACGGAGGAAGUCAACCGUCUGCUUCAGAGCGACUAUGAUCUGGUGUGCCGUGGCAAUGUCAGCGUGAAGGGCAAAGGUCAGAUGCUCACAUAUUUCCUGGAGGGUAAAGCGCAGGACCCUGGGAGCCGAGCGCCGCAUCACACCGGGGGCCUGGAGCGCAGGGUUCACGCCAUCGCCCGCUCCAGCAGCACACACACCAAAGACGACGGUACCGUGUCCGUGGCCGGGUCAGCGUGAGCAGCAGCACUCCGGGGUCAUGAAGCACCACCGCUAACGUGCCUAUGCUAAGAGAAGAACAGGAGGUCAAGGGGGGGAUGUAGGAACAAUCAUCUGCAGGAGGAAAGAAUGAACCCUCUUCCCUUUAUUCAGGAACACCUAUGUUCACUUCCAUAAUGUACUUUAUGCAAUAAUUUUUUACU